AUGGAGAAUCAAACAAUUGUGUCUUACUUUCUGCUCAUGGAAUUUUCCAAAGAUCGGCACCUGCAGCUUCUACAUUUCUUCUUAUUCUUCAUAGUAUACCUGGCAACUGCAACAGCAAAUCUUUUCAUCAUCUUUGUAGUAGCUUUUGACCAUCAACUACAAAGCCCCAUGUACUUCUUCCUGAUGAAUUUGGCUGUGCAGGACUUGGGCAUUGUUUCAGUCAUCAUCCCCAAAUCCAUGAUAAAUUCCCUCAUGGACACCAGAUGCAUCUCUUACUUUGGUUGCUUUGCACAAGUCUUGAUCUUUGUUUGCUUUGAAGCUUCUGAAUUUUUCCUCUUGACAGUGAUGGCAUAUGAUCGGUAUGUUGCCAUUUGCCAUCCAUUGCACUAUGGAAUGGUGAUGAAUUGGAAAGCCUGCACCAAAAUUGUGAUUUUGGUGUGGGUCACAAGUGUUCUCUAUGCAAUGUUGCAUAGCAGUGGCACUUUUUCCACUCCUUUCUGUUCUAAUGUUGUCAAUCAGUUUUUCUGUGAAAUUCCACAAUUGCUAAAGUUAUCAUGUUCUGGAUUCAGUUUAAUUGAAGCUGGAAUUAUAUUUCUGAGUAUCACUGCAAUAUUGGGGUGUUUUAUUUUUAUCAUUAUCUCUUAUACUUUAAUCUUCAAGGUAGUGUUGAGAAUCCCUUCUGUGAAAGGAAGACAGAAGACCUUUUCCACUUGUCUUCCCCACCUUACAGUUGUUUUCAUUUUUUUGGUACCUGCAUGCUUAACAUAUCUGAAACCCCCCUCUAACAUUCCAACUUACUUAGAUUUUGCAUUAACCACACUAUAUUCUUUACUUCCACCCCUGUUCAAUCCAAUCAUCUAUAGCAUAAGAAAUAAGAAUAUCAACUCUAUUCUAACUAAAUUAUGGAGAUUCUGA